GUAUUUGGAUAAAAAGAAGAGAAAUGCAGCGGAGUAGAAACUGUCAAGUUCUGACUGGACGCAGCGUGUCUGCAGCUCUGUCACAUCCUGCAGGCCUCCUCGCUGCGCGGGGCGCCGGUAGAGGGCGCUGACAGCCGUGUUUCCUCCGCCGGCAGGUCGGUGAGGAGCAGCUCAGGUGUCCUUCACCAAACACAUCAUGUUCUCCACUCUGCGUGCGCUGGAUCGUUAUUUAUGGCUCAGAUUUACAGCAGCAACUGUUUGCGUUUGUUUUACUGCGUUAAUAUGAAUGUGAAGGAUCACGGAGCCGGUGACAGAAACAUUCUGACUUCUGGACAACUUUUAUUUUACUGUGAGGAGAGACAGAUGUGCUCAGCAGAAUGUUAUUUCACUGUGUAUGAACAGUGAAAUCACAAACACAAGCUCCUGUUUGAGAAAACUUGAGUAAUAAAUCCAUCAGCCGUCCUCCCCUCGCGCCUCCUCCCGCCCCUCUCCGCUGAUUGGCUCCCAGCUGACGAGUGUUCCACCCCGGCGAGCUGCGGUUGGUCCAGGCCGCCGCCCAUCAUCGGGGAGCGCCCGGCUCCAGCUUUGGGCAGCAGAGACGCACCGCUGCUCCCCUUCUCUGCUGUUUAGUGCGUCGAGCGGCGGAGGGAAGUGGAGUUCGCGCGUCUUGUUGUGCGUCCGUGGACCAAAGAGCAGCAGCAGCAGCAGCAGCAGCAGCAGCGGCGGAGCGCUUUUUCCUCCUCCAGAGCCGCGGGCAUCCCGGGGAGCGAGCAGCCACGCCGUGCACGCCUCGGACACCAGGAGGAGGAGGACACCGCUUUCUUCUUCCUCUUCUACAUUAUUAUUUUGACUGAUUGAGACAUCCGUUUAUUUCAUUUCCCUCAUGGUAACCAACACUGAGCAGCCGGAGACAUGUGGAAUAAUCCGGGGAAACUGCACCGCUUCUCUCUAGUGUGUCUUCUCCUGACGCUGUGGGCUGAGGUGUCUCAGUCCACGGGUUACUUCGAGCUGCAGUUGAUUUCGGUGGAAAACCCCAAAGGUCAGCUCCUGAACGGCGACUGCUGCGACGCGGAGAAGAGCGCGGCGGAGGGCCACUGCGGCGCGGACGAGUGCGACACCUACUUCAGAGUGUGUUUAAAGGAAUACCAAACGGAGGUCACGACCAAUGGACCGUGCACGUACGGCUGGGAAACUACUAAGGUUAUCGGUGGGAAUACUUUUCACUUCAAAGGCGGCCUGAAGAGCGGACAGAACCGGAACAACGACGCCGGGAAGAUCAUCAUUCCCUUCAAGUUCGCGUGGCCGCGAGCGUACACUGUGAUCGUGGAGGCGUGGGACAGAGACAACGGCACACACAGCAAUGACGACGAGCUGCUGAUCGAGCGCAGCAUCCACAAAGGGAUGAUCAACCCCGGAGAGGAGAAGCAGAAGGAGGAGUACAAGGGCUCCGUCGCCCGCCUCGAGUACACCAUCCGGGUACGCUGCGACGAGCACUACUACGGCAGCAAGUGCAACAAGGUGUGCCGACCCCGCGACGACUACUUCGGCCACUACGUGUGCGACCAGCUCGGGAACAGAGAGUGUAUGGAGGGCUGGACCAACCUGUCGCUGAGCUGCAAGUCAGCGAUCUGCAAACAAGGAUGCAGCGUGGAGCACGGGACCUGCAGCGUGCCGGGGGAGUGCAAGUGUAACUACGGCUGGCAGGGUCCGCUCUGUGACGAGUGCCUGCCGUAUCCCGGCUGUGUUCACGGGACCUGCAGCGAGCCGUGGCAGUGCACCUGUGAGAAGAACUGGGGAGGUCUGCUCUGUGACAAAGAUCUGAACUACUGUGGCACCAACAAGCCCUGCAAGAACGGAGGGACGUGCAUGAACACGGAGCCGGACGAGUACAACUGCGCCUGUCCAGACGGAUACUCCGGCAAGAACUGUGAGAUCGCUGAACACGCCUGUGUGUCCAACCCUUGUGCCAACGGAGGGACGUGCCACGAAGUCCCAUCAGGCUUCGAGUGUCACUGUCCGGCGGGCUGGUCCGGGCCGACCUGUGCUAAAGACACGGAUGAAUGUGCCUCCAGCCCGUGUGCUCAGGGUGGAACCUGCAUCGACAUGGAGAACAGCUUCGAGUGUCUCUGCCCUCCACAGUGGACGGGCAAGACCUGCCAGAUAGACGUUAAUGAGUGUGCGGAGAAGCCUUGCAACAAUGCUUAUUCUUGCAAAAACUUGAUUGGUGGAUAUCACUGUGCCUGCUUUCGUGGAUGGGUGGGCCAGAACUGUGACAUCAAUGUGAACAGUUGCCAUGGUCAGUGUCAGAACGGAGGCACCUGCAAGGAGGUGGCCAGAGGCUACCAGUGUGUUUGCCAGGCGGGAUUUGUGGGUCGGCACUGUGAGGUCCAGAGGAACCGCUGUGCCAGCAGUCCAUGUCGGAACGGCGGCCGCUGCCACGCCCUGCUGGACGGCUUCAUGUGCGAGUGCCCGCAAGGCUUCGCUGGUACAACCUGUGAGGUGCAGAAUGACCCGUGCAGCCCAAACCCCUGUCACAAUAAGGCCCAGUGCCACAGCGUGAUGGGAGAUUUCUACUGCAGCUGUCCAGACGAUUAUGAAGGCAAAACCUGCUCAGAGCUGAAAGACCACUGCAAGACCAACCAGUGUCAAGUGAUUGACAGCUGCACUGUUGCCGUGGCAACCAAUGACACCCAAAAGCGGGUGUGGCACAUCUCGUCCAACGUCUGCGGCCCCCACGGCCGUUGCAUCAGCCUGCCCGCCGGGAACUUCAGCUGCUCCUGCGAGCCGGGAUUCACUGGCACCUACUGCCAUGAGAACAUUAAUGACUGCGCCUCAUCGCCCUGUAAGAACGGAGGCACUUGCAUCGACGGCAUCAACUCCUUCCAGUGUUUCUGCCCGAACGGCUGGGAGGGCAGCCUGUGUGAUGUUGAUGUGAAUGAGUGCAACAGAAACCCAUGUCAGAACGGAGGCCAAUGCGUCGAUCUGCUGAACGACUUCUACUGCAACUGCGUCGACAACUGGAAGGGAAAGACCUGCCACUCACGUGAGAGCCAGUGCGACUCCUCUACCUGCAGUAAUGGAGGGACGUGUUACGACCACGGAGACUCCUUUCUGUGUAGCUGCCCCUCAGGCUGGGGUGGCAGCACCUGCAACACAGCCAAGAACAGCACAUGUGACUCGGGUCCGUGCCAGAAUGGAGGGACGUGUGUCGGAGGAGGAGACGCCUUCACCUGCAUCUGCAAGGACGGCUGGGAGGGACCCACCUGUGCACAGAAUGUCGAUGACUGCAAUCCACAUCCCUGCUACAACGGCGGCAUCUGCGUCGACGGUGUGAACUGGUUUCGCUGCGAGUGCGCCCCUGGAUUCGCCGGACCGGACUGCCGCAUCAACAUCGAUGAGUGUCAGUCGUCUCCCUGCGCCGAAGGUUCGACCUGCAUGGACGAAAUUAACGGCUACUCCUGCGUUUGUCCUCCGGGACACGCUGGGCCUCGCUGUCAAGAGUUCAUCGGACUCGGGAAGUCGUGUCGUCACGCCGGCUUACAGUUUCCUCACGGCAGCCGGUGGGAGGAGGAGUGUAACGCCUGCCAGUGUGUCAACGGAUACGUCCGCUGCUCCAAGGUGAGGUGCGGCCGUCGGCCCUGCCUCCUCCCCAAAGCUCUGCCUCCUCCUGCAGACUCGAACCCUCCGCCCUGCCCCGGAGGUCACGAGUGUGUGGAGCAUCAGUUCCUCACCUGCUUCUCACCGCCCUGCCACCAGUGGGGUGUGUGUUCGACGCCCGACCCCCCGACGCCCCUGCACACCCAGUGUGAGCCCAACAGUGGUUACCUUGACAACAGCUGCGCUCGCAUCACGCUCAUCUUCAAGAAGGACAAAGUGCCGCAGGGCACCACUGUAGAGAACAUCUGCUCUGAGCUGAGGUACCUCCCCGUGACUCAGACGCUGGCCGAGGAGCGAGCGCUGCUCAUCCUCUGCGACCUGUCCUACUCCAACAGUGACGCCGUGGAGGUCGCCAUGUCCUUCGAGCAGGACGGACGGUCGAAGGACAGCGAUCGAGGACAGAUCCAGAAGGCGGCCAGCGCCAUCAUCAGCUCGCUGUCCAAACGCCACAACAGCACCGUCAUGCUGGCCGUGGUGGAGGUCAAAGUGGAGACGCAGGUGGAGUCGCAGCCUGUUGGGUACCUGGUCCCGGUGCUGUGCGUCGUCUUCAGCGUCCUCUGGAUCUUCUGCAUCGUCGUCUGCGUGUGGUGGACCCGCAAGAGGAAGAAAGAGCGCGAGAGAGCGACCCGAUCCGAGGACACGACGGUCAACAACCAGCUGGAGCCGCUGCGGAGCAACGCCCUCAAGGACAACCGCGACAAAGACAUUCAGUACGAAUGCAAGAAACUGAUGGGCCCUUCGGACAGGACGGGCGACGGGGCCGAGGGCGAGGAGGAAGGGGAGCAGGAGGGGGAGCAGGAGGACGACGAGGAGAGGGCGAUGGGCAUGGGGGAGAAGUGUCCGCCGCAGAAGUGCUCCAUAACUGGGGCGCAGGACAGGGGGAUGAUGGGUAAGGGAGGGGUCAUCUGCACGUCGCGCAGCGGUCCGGUCAAGGCGCCGCACCGGACGGCGUACAGCCCCAAAGACAACCGGUGUAAAAACCUGAACGCCGCCAAGCUCAGCGAGGACGUUAAAGACCACUAUGUAUGAACACGAGAGAGGAGGAAGAAACAAACUGCGAUGUCUUCAAACGUCACUGACUUUUUUUUAAAAAAAAGCACCAAAAGUGAAGAUUACAGAUGCUUUAAUUUUCUAUUGUUUUGUGUUUGUCACACGUUAUUUAACUUCCUCUCGGCCGGCAGCACCGACGCUCUUUUACCAAAACCAACACAAAAAAAAUGCAGAAAAAUAAACAAAUUAAAAAAAAAAAAAAAAAAAGAUCAUCACAGCUUCUGGAUUUCUGGAUUUAAACUUUUUAUCGUUACACUUUUGGAAUCAAGAAGAAUUUUUCUUUUCACCUCUCCUGAUUUUAUUUUUCUGUUUACAGACUUUUGCUUUUCUCCGCGUCAGAACUAACGCUCGCCUUUUCGUUUUUGUCUUUGGACCUCGGAGAUCUAACUGAACGUCAUCGGCUGGCAGCUGUUAACAAUGUUUCUACUGUUGGGUGCAUUCGGUUCCUGUCUGCCUUAGCCCAAACCUGCGGGCCUUUUCUACUCUGUCUUCAUAUCAUGUUUCUUUUUAUAAAACAAGAAAAACAUUUAAAAAAAAAAAAAAGAUUUUAUAUACAUUUAAGUCCUUGAACGUUGGCACAGAGAAUCCACUGUAUGAUACCUGGCAUGAGCGUUUUUUUGUUUACAUUCAUAAACAUCUUUUUUUUCCCAUUUUGUGUUGAGGCUUAAAGGUUCUUACGUAUAUAUAUAUCCCUUUCAAAAUAAUGGUCACUGCUUCCUGCGAAUCUACACGAUGAUUUUUCAGUAUUUUUUGCUUUGGUAGAAAAGUGCCUUCAGCCCGGAUUCUUUCUCCUUUUCUCUCCUCCUGUAGAGUUUAUGCAGAAUUUGAAUACCUAUAAAGGGAAAGAUGUCCUGACAACAACUCUUCAUACCACAGUAAAGGUUAUUUUCAUUUGCUGUACAUAUGUAAAUAUGAAAAAAAUGGCUGUGUAUAUUUGAAUUUAGUAACUUAAGUGAUGCUUUGUAUCAUAGUUAUUCUAAAGAAUAAGUUUUUGUGGUUGUUUUUUUUUUUUAAUGAUGUCAUUCCGUUUAUUAGUGUCUGUUGACACUCUGACAGAUGUUUUAUACAGAUGUUUCGGACUGUGUCCAGGGUCCGGCUGAAUCGUGAGCGUCGGUUUAAACAGGAAACAGAUCACGAUGUUUGUCUUCAUGUGUUCUGGUUGUUUGUUACAGCUGUUCAGAGGUUGAGAGCUGUUUGUUCGGCCCGUCAGUCGUCCUGAGAGGCUGUUCGGACCCGAGCGGCGCCGACUGAGAGCUCGUACGGCUCGGUAAUCACUGCUACAAAUACAGGAACCUCUUGUGUUGCGGCCCUGUUCAUUUCAAUGUUGUUUUGUUCAAGGGACUUUUGAUUCUGAGGGCCGCCUGCGAGAUUCACCUUUCUAAUAACAAGUCGUGCAGUGGUCACCCUUCUGACAACAUUUCAUUUUUAUCCAUCUCAGUCCUGAGUUCGAGCGUCUGUGUGUGCUCAUCAUGUUUGAAGAGCCCUUCUACGUGAAUUCAGAUCAUGUGACAGGCGAAAUGUCACAGCUUUCUAUGUUUGUUUUUAGUACGCCUGCUUCUGAACGAUGAUUAAACUGAAAGAUGUUCUGCUUUCUCCACGUUUCACACUGCUGUUUCAAAUCCUACUGGCUGUUUACUGGGACUGUCACAUUCUCCGAAUCAAUGAUCCAUUUUUUACUUUCCUUUAUCCUGGCAGAGUUUUUGAUGGUUAGGGUUUCGACGAAGUUCAAAUAAUAUUCACCUAAAAAUACAGACCUUCAGUGAUGAUUCAACAAUAAAUACCAAAAGACAGCAAUUGAAUUUGUUACAGAGUAUACCCUCUUCCCCAACAAAUCAUUAAAGGAUCUCUGAAAAAGAAAAUACACGCAACAUCUCCGCCACCAGUCAGUUAAUCGUCUUUAGUAAGCUAACUGUCGGUUGUUGGAGAUAGAAAAAAAUAUCCUGUGUUUGACUUCGAUGGACUAGAGAAAUGGCACUGAUCCCCCGUCACAGUCGAAUCAAAAGGUGUGUGUUUGAAUGGGAACGGACUCAGAUGCAGUGGAUGAGCGUGUAUCCUGAAUUGUUUUCCCUGUUUAGCCCCGCCUCUCCUCGUGUGUCUCCUCUGGUCUAAUGAAGGGAACAAGUUGUAAUGUUGUUGAUGUUGUCGUGGUUGUCGUCCAGUGUUUGUAAAAGAGUCUGUUUCUGCACUAAGAACACACAGGAGAAGAGAAGCGUUACCUCCACAGCGGUAGUGAAAGAAAAAAGAAAAAAGAGAGUCAGAUAUUGUCGCUAUUUGUGGAUGAACAUUAUGUUUUCAAUAUUUUAUGUUAUUGUUUAAAAAUGCUGAUGCAAAUCAUGUAAAACCCAAAUUCAUAUUCUGUCAGUAAACUUUACACGGUGUGAGUCCCACAGGAGGGGCUGAAUGUGCAGAACAUUGUAAUUAUUUUGUACAAAAUUUGGUAAAAGUCUUGGUUUGUUAGUGGAAUUUUUUUUUGUUUGUUCUUAGAACAAUCCUAUUAUUUAUUAAAGUAUUUUAUACCAAA